CUGUCUCUGUGUCCGUGAUGCGCCGCCCGUUGCGGUGAAGACGCCCUCGUACUUUCGACUUUGAUAACAUCACACCUGCCAAAGGUGCCAGAGACCACCAGCAGACCGCGAGAGCAUGAGAGCAGCUGGGCAGCUUCGACUCCAGGCCUCUCCGCCACUUUCCCAUCGAUGACGGUCCUCGGUGCCGCCACCACAAACACCACCUCCGCCGACGACAGCAGCUCGUCGGCGCCGCCCGACCCUCAGCCCUCAACGGCCUCGACGUCCUCAACCCCCUCCAUCUCUCAAGUCCGCGCCAACAAGCGUCGCUGCGUGUCGUCGGCCUGCGUGCCUUGCCGCAAGCGAAAGUCGAAGUGCGACGGCGGCACCCCAGUCUGCGCAACUUGCACCGCCGUAUACAAAACCGAGUGCUACUACUCUUGGGAGCAGCGCGGCGACCUCGAUGCUGCCCGCCGCAGCACCUCGACCCUCAAGCGCGACGCCGCUAGUGCGACCGCGACCGCGAGCGCGAGCGCAAACGGCGAUGGCUCCGGUCCUGCCGACUUCCUCAUCAAGGCCAUCCGCAGCCUGCCCGAGUCUGAAGCCAGCGAGCUGAUUCAUCAUAUCCGCAAGGACCCCCGCCUGGACGUCGCCUCCCUCGCCGACACGUGGAAGAAGACGGUUACCCUGCCCUUCAUCCCGGCCUCGGACCGUGAGUCGCUCGAGGGAGACCUAUCGUUGCUUCUGGGGAAGCCGUCCCUCACCCAGACGGGCGAGUCUCGUCACUUUGGACACACCUCGAGCCUGGGUCUGGUGCAGGAGGACGAGAAUUACACCAUCUCGCGCCGUCCUCCCGCGCCCUGCGACUACAAAAACGGCACGUGGACGAGCGUGACCCAGGAUGUGCUCUUCGUCGAACACCUCCUGGAUCUCUACUUCCAGUGGUCUCAUGCCUUCUACGUCAUCUUUUCGCGCGAGUGCUUCUACAAGGACUUCCGAAGCGGCCGCCAGAAGUAUUGCAGCCCCUUGCUUGUCAAUGCUCUGCUGGCUUAUGGUUGUCACUUUUCCGAUGACCCUCGCGCGCGUACCGAGCCAUCCAAUCCACGCACGGCAGGCGAUCACUUCUUCGCCGAGGCCAGGAGACUGCUCUACGAAGAUGAAUCACCCUCACUCACCACGGCGCAGGCCCUCUGCGUCAUGGCAAUGCGGGAGCCGUCUGCAGGCCGCGACAGCUCGGGCUUCAUGUACAUUGGCCGUUGCAUGCGCAUGUGCGUCGAACUCGGCAUGCAUCUCAACACCACUUCCUCCCCGUCCCUUGGACUCACACCUUCGGAGAUCGAGGUGCGCAAGGUCACUUUCUGGGGCUGCUUCAUUGUGGACACAGUGUGGACUCUGUGCAUAGGCAGAGUUGCCCAAUUACCCAAAGCGGCCAUAACUGUCGACAAGCCCAUCAUGGAGGAGGCCACUUAUAGCGCACAAUCCGGCUAUAGCAUCGCACCUCCGCACGUAACCAGCCGCUUGUUCCUCCAAGAGUUUGCCACUUUCGCUGAACUGGUCAGCGAUAACAACUUCAUGUUCUACGCUCCAAAGGAACGCAUCACGAGCCGCCGACUUCUUAAUAUGUACGAGAGAUACCAGAAAUGGUACAAGGAAUUGCCUGCGCCGCUUCGUCUCCCCGAUCGCCCCGACGCCCGGCCGCUCGCCCAUGUAAUUGUACUUCAUAUGCUGUAUUACACAGUCAUUCUCCACCUCUUCCGACCCAUGCUCAAGGUCGACCUCGUUGGCUCCGACAUCCGUCCAAGGGACAUGUGCAUCGAAAUGGCCAACAAGGUCUCGGAGUUGCUUCGAGCCUAUCGUCAACACUAUGACAUGAGAGCCUGCCAACUCGUCUUCACUCACAUUCUCUUAUCCAUCAGCAUCGUGCAUUUGCUCUAUUCCCAGAAUCAUACAAACGCCAACAAUCUCGUGGACAGCCUUCGGGCGCUUGAAGAUCUUUCCGUUUGCCAUUACUUUGGUGCUCGGUCGUUCAAGAUCGUCCACAGCCUGGCGAAAACCUGGAAUCUACCGUGGCCAGAGGCAUUGAAGCUCAGCAAACUGGUUCCAAAAGAGGAUGUUCCCGUCGAUUCCCCGCCUAUUCAGAGCCUCUUCCACGUCAGGCCUACUCCUCGCUCUGAAGAAGUCUCCUCCAAUGGAUAUGUCGAGGUUCCGUCACAAAAUCCCAUGGCAAGGCGUGGAUCGCUGUCCAUGUUCGCAAACGGGAAUCCUUACGCCGGGCAAUCGGGCGUACCUUCGUCACUCCCAACUGCAGAGUCGUUCACCAGCCCACAACAACAAACAGGUCAUCCAAGUUCGCGUCUCGUCCCAAUUGCUCCCAACCUUACUGCCCCGUCGCUCGGUCCCGCAUCCCCCACACAGCACACUGACAACCUCUUCUGGACCCCUGCCCCGAAUUUCGCUGCACCUAUAUUCCCCCGCGACUACGCGACUGGGCCCAUGGAUCUGAACAGUAUGCUCGGUCCCGCGGACGAGUGGGACCGAUACGGAAGGGACGGGUUCAAGAUGAGCGAGGGAUGGCCGGUGCAGGAGCAAACCAUGGCAUAUGGCCCGGUUGGUGUCAAUCUGGGCAUGCAACCCAACCUGAAUUCUGGCAUGAAUCUGCACUUGAAUGCCAUCCAAGAAACGGGUGCGUCUGGUAGUGCCUCGACGCCUACGCCUGGCUCGACCCAUCCCAAUUAUACGAGUGCCAAUCCUGCCCAUGAGCCCAACGCAGCACCUGUCGGCCCAGGCUUCCAGACGUGGUAAUUCAAGAGGGCCGGUUGCGUUACGUGGCUCCGUGUGAUAACGUUAAAUUUCUGCACCGUUAUCCUGAUGCACACAACGAGUAGUGCGUAAGACACGCAGGAGGCGCCUUCUUGAUAACUAUUCAGUUAUAAGGCGAGUACGAUAGUUGUCCGUUGGCCAUUAGAAGCGUGUAUUUCAACAGGGACAAAGAAAGAGGAGACUGCUUGUGGGCGAAAGUCCUCAGAGUCGCGGUCACCAACUCGCAAUGGACGAUGAAAACGGUACUCAUCAAGAGUCUCUGCAGUAGACGUUCCCAACGGAUGGAUGGCAGCGCUCUUCAAGAAUCCAGUCUUGUUCUUGGAUUGUUGGGGCGCCUGAUGGGUACCGCUUAAAAGCAAGGGGGUUGCGUGCGCUUGGCAGUUCUAGACGAUGGUGAAGCAUUGCCCUCUG